UUUAUGUUCUUAUCUUUUUUGCUGUGGCCAACCUGGAUAGUGCAGAUGACUGGCUGACGACGCAUGAAAAUAUAGAUUUUAGUUUUCAUCCACUUUAGGAAGGCUGUCUUGUUAGAUUUUUAAAAAUGGAAGUAAAGCGUAUGAGGGUAGGUCGAUGUCCCACAGACGAGAUGUCACUACUCAACUCAGCCUCUUUGAAUAAAUCAGACUUCAGCUCAGAUUUACAGUACAUAGAAGUGUCUACUUCGGAGAGCGAGCGUCCUUUUGUGUUCACAGUGAAUUUCGACGACAAAGUUCCCGUUGAGACAGUCUGCUUCAGUCUGUUGCAACGCAAAUGGGCGACUCUCUCCAUCAACCAGGAGAUUCGCGUGCGUCCCUAUCGCUUCAACGUUACCAAGUCGUCAGAGUGCGUUUCGUCAGCUGUUUUCACCAUCGAUUUCAUGCAGAAAAAGUCAGCUACAACAGACAUGUACAAUUCGGAUGAUAUGGUGAAAGAGUUCCUGUCUCAGAAUACAGGAUUGGCGUUGAGUGUAGGUCAAAUGCUGUCUCUACGUCUUGGAAACAAACUCUUCCUAUUGGUCGUCAAAAGUCUUGAAGCUGUGGACAUCGGAGAUCUGAAUUCGGACCCGAAGCCGCAUAAGAUCAGUGUGGGCCGUUGUCUGGGAAACACCAACAUAGCACUCGAAAAAGCACCCGACUCCUCUCUCAAUCUUAUCGGAAAAUCAACGGGGAAUACAGCGCGUACAUCGAUCAUCAACCCUGACUGGGACUUCAACAAAAUGGGAAUCGGUGGUCUGGACAAGGAGUUCAACGCCAUCUUUCGGCGAGCCUUCGCUUCUCGAGUCUUUCCGCCCGAAGUCAUCCAACAGUUGGGUUGCAAGCACGUGAAAGGCAUCCUGUUGUACGGCCCCCCUGGCACAGGCAAGACUCUGAUGGCACGCCAGAUCGGCAAGAUGCUGAACGCCCGGGAGCCCAAGAUAGUGAACGGACCGCAGAUCCUCGACAAGUAUGUCGGCGAGUCAGAGGCCAAUGUCAGGCGACUGUUUGCCGAGGCUGAGGAGGAAGAGAAGAGGAUGGGUCCGAACUCAGGCCUGCACAUAAUAAUUUUCGACGAGAUAGACGCGAUCUGCAAGCAGCGUGGCUCGGUGGGCUCCAACACGGGCGUGCACGACACAGUCGUCAAUCAGCUGUUGGCCAAGAUUGAUGGUGUCGAACAGCUGAACAACAUCCUCGUCAUCGGCAUGACCAACAGGCGAGACAUGAUUGACGAGGCACUGCUCAGGCCUGGCCGGUUGGAGGUUCAAAUGGAGAUUAGUCUUCCGGAUGAGAACGGCCGAUGUCAGAUAUUGAACAUCCACACAGCUCGGAUGAGAGACUUCAAGAAAAUCAACGAAGAUGUCGACAUCAAGGAACUGGCCACCCUGACUAAAAACUUUUCGGGAGCUGAGUUGGAAGGUCUUGUGAGAGCUGCCCAGUCGACGGCCAUGAAUCGACUUAUCAAGGCAUCAAGCAAGGUGGAGGUCGACCCUGAGGCUAUGGACAAGUUCAAACUCAGCCGGUCCGACUUUCUACAUGCUCUAGAGCAUGAUAUCAAACCGGCAUUUGGAUCAUCAGCCGAGGCUUUGGACCACUUCCUGGUGAGAGGCAUAAUCACGUGGGGUACUCCUGUGCGUAACAUAUUGGAGGACGGAAUGCUCUUUGUGCAGCAGUCUAAGGCCACUCAUAACAGUGGACUUGUUUCUGUACUGCUCACUGGUCCUCCGAACUCAGGCAAAACGGCAUUAGCAGCUCAGAUGGCGAAGAAUUCGGACUUUCCGUUUGUGAAGGUGUGCUCGCCUGAGGAGAUGGUCGGCUUCAACGAGGCCAGCAAGUGCCUCGCCAUUCGAAAGGUAUUUGACGAUGCAUACCGUUCGCAGCUGAGCUGCAUUCUGGUGGACAACAUAGAGCGUCUUCUCGACUAUGGACCAAUAGGGCCCAGAUACUCCAAUCUGACAUUGCAAGCUCUACUAGUCCUAUUGAAGAAGGAACCACCACGUGGCCGAAAACUCCUCAUCUUCUGUACCAGUAGUCGCAGACAAGUUCUGGAAGACAUGGAAAUGCUGUCUGCGUUCACAGCCGUACUACACGUGCCCAAUCUGAGCAAGCCGGAACAUCUACUCACCGUACUAGAGGAGUCAGACGUUUUCAGCAAGAAAGAGCUCAGCAUCAUAUUCAAGAAGAUCAGCGGACACAAAGUGUUUGUGGGCAUAAAAAAGCUGCUGGCUCUGAUCGACAUGGCCAGACAAAUAGAGGAGCAACACCGAGUGGUGAAGUUCCUCGCCAGGCUCGAAGAGGAAGGAGCUCUCGACAUGGGCACAUCCAUUCAUGACUAAUUUUGAGAUGUGUUGCUACUCAACUAAAUUCUACUCGGUAUAAUGUGGAGGACAGAUUACUACAGAUCUUCGCCUACUGCCAACUCAACUAGAUUAGCGGUCUCCUGCACAUCCCACAUUCCAUUAGUUUUAUUACGGUAUUUUAGUGCGGUUUUCUAGUAGAGAUUCACUUGGAAUUGUCAGUCAAUCAGACUAAAUGGAUUUAGUAAAGUAAAAUUAUAUAUUCUAUGUUCUCCAUCUAUCAAUUUAUUUUUAUUUCGAUAGAUUUGAACAUUCAGUGAGUCUGUUUUUUUAGUUAGCUUCUAUUUACUGUAUUUGAAGCUAUUGUGAUUUUAUUGCAAGAAAAAAUUAGUAACUAGAUGCAAUUUUUACUGUCAGUUCGAUAAGACAAAUAUUAUACAGUAUAUUUAAAAGCAAUAAUAUUGUAGAGUAUAAUAUUAUCUGGUGUUACUAGGGUAGUUUGAAGCUCACAGAGUUUAUAGAGACAGACUUAGUGAGGAUUUGGGUUGAGAAACGCCACAGAGUCAGUUUUCAGUUUGGAUCUUUCCUUAGAACUAAGUCUCUCUCUGUAAACUCUGUGAUUUUCAAAGUUAAAUAGAGAAAGAUUGAUGCUUGACACAUGAACGAUUAAAUAACUACAAUUUUAUUAUUGAAAAUCAAUAUGGCUACAACUAUUUCAGUAAAAUAUAUGUGCACUUACGGCUUAAAUUAGUGAAUAGAAUUAAAUUACAAACUGGUAUAUUUCAGUAUUAUAUUGGAAUAUCAUUAUUGUAGUGAAGUUUCAUAGCACGUUAGUACCAAAUCAAUUACUUAGAUUAAUAAAAAUAUUGAAUUUAUAAUAUUUUACGUGUAAAAUAUCAAUAGAUAGGAGGAUACUAAGAUUGUUGUUGUUUCAUUAUUACUGUUGUUGUUGCUAAGGAAAAAUACUAGUAUUAGUAUUAUUAGUCUAUAACAUAAAUAAUACCAAGUAAUAGAUGUAUAAUAUUGCAUAUUAGAUUAUUGUGUAAAUUAGACGACUGUUUGUUGAAUUUAAUUUGUUUUUGGGGGCGAAACUAAGUCUAUAAAGUUUUAUCAUGGGUUGCCAUAAGUUGAUUUGAAAUUAAAGAAUCUUGGAUUUAUAGUUGUCCAUUCCCUUAUUAUAAAUUAUCUAUCAAGAUUGUUGAAAACAAAUUUUGCACUUUGAAAACGAUAAAUUUCUGAUCACAGAAGCAAAUAAUCGAAGAUAGUGGUAAUACUUGUCAAUUGUGCUAGUAGCUUAGUGUUAGUGUUAUGUAGGUGUAUAGAAUACCUUUCCGAUAUUAAUAAAUAUUAUUACUUAACUAUGAUUCUAGUCAUAUGCUUAAAUCAUCAUCGAAAACAAUAAUUACUGAUUCAACAAAAAUAUCACGUUCCCUUAUUUCAGUGCUCUUAAACACAUUCCUAUUGUCCUAAUGAAUGGUUUAACCAUAGAGUAGCUGAUACGGUAGCUUAAGAAGAUAUUCCUGGCUGUAGGGCUUUUAUGUUGCAAAUUUCAAGCCAAUAAAGUUGACUAGCAGUUGUUUUUUGUGAAGCUAUGUGACACUGGUAGUCUCCCAUAUACUGUGCCGCUCUACACACUCUCACCCGGCCAAACAGUGAUAAUAUACAGUAGUCGACAGUAAUCGGUUUCAGUUAACAAAAAUUCGACUUGAAGUUUGCAACACAAACGAUCUAUACCAUGGGAUAUCUACUUAAUUUAUGCUGUGUUCCCUCUAUGUAUAUGUUAUGUAUUAUAUUGGGAAUAUUCCCUAGUAUAAAAUUAAUUAGAUCUUAUAAGUUAUAUUAGGUUAUUGAUGAAUAUUGUUGUCGAAAAAAGUUAUUAUGAAUAGAAUAAGAUAAAAAUAUUUUCAUGUUCUACUCUUCUACAGUUAACUUAUUUGUGUAUUUAUCAAAUUAUCAAUGUAAUGGUUAUUAUUUUUCAAUCUUAACUCCUAUGUAUUUUUCAAAUUGUUGACUCUAAAAUUGCUUGUUUCGAAAAUUAAACUAUUGAUGUUUAUAAAUUUGUUGAUUAUUGCUUGUGAACAAAUUUUAUUAUUGAAACAGUUGUAUUUUGUGGCCAAAUACAUCUGCAGACCCACGUUAUAACGUGAGAAUGAGAUAUCAUGGUUUAGUAGCCUAUACUCGACUAAUUCCUAAUUUACCCUACAUUUUCGUCUAAUUCCUUACAUUUUGAUUGUAUUUAAGAGUGAUGUGCUAUU